AUGACGACAUCCACCCCACCACAACCGCAGGUGACUGUCAUCGAGUUGACGCCAGAAGAGCUGUCAACAAAGAAGAUUGGAUCGCACAAUCUGCAAGCUGGGAUUGAAGCUCUCCAUCGUGAUGGACUGGUUGUUUUGAAAAACGCUGUUGAUCCAGAGCAUCUCGAUAAGCUGAAUAUCCGCAUGGUACCAGAAGCCAGGGAGCUAUACGCGCGGUCUAGCACUCAUCGCAACUUUGGAGACAACACCGGAAACAGCCAGCAAGAACCUGUACUCGAAGAUGGAUACAUUUUUGAUGAUGUGCUUGCGAAUCCUUGGGCAACCGACGUGAUCCAGUGCAUGUUCGGGCCAAACCCGACCUUACGCUUCUACAGCGCGAACACCGCUUUCAAGGCUACAGGCCGCCAACCGCCUCACAUUGAUAUCGACUUCGACUUCCCCAAGAUCCCUUUUGGGUUCUGUGUGAACAUCAAUUUGAUUGACACGUCAUCGGAGAAUGGGGCGACUGAGGUUUGGCUGGGAUCGCAUCUUGACACCGACAAAAACGUCCUCGACAUGUCACUACCUCACGUGCAGAUCCGUGCAGACCUUCAGGAAGCGCGGCGGAGGAUAAGCCCGCCGAUACAGCCAAGCCUCCCCAAAGGAUCACUGAUCAUCCGUGACUUUAGGCUCUGGCAUGCGGGUAUGCCUAACAAAACGGAUGAGCCAAGGGUAAUGCUGGUCUCGGUCCAGUUUCCACACUGGUACCGGAGCAGCUUGAAGAUGAAGCUCCCAGCGUCUGUUAAGGACUUGAUCAAUUGGGGUGAUAUUGUUCCAUGUGCGGAUUGGAUGGGCAAGGACUAUAACUACUUGAAAGGUGCUCAUGACCAUGAUUUCGCUCUAGAAGUGUAG